AUCACUCCAGAAGCAAUGGAGAAAGAGUCGGCGACGAGCCAUUCGAUGGGCGAUACUGAGAAGACGGCCAGUCAACCAGCUCCACAAGAGAUGGACAUCGAUGCGGAACAACCCCAGUCAACCGACAAUGCUGCACUCCGGCCAACCGUCACCAGCAGCAGCGUGGCAUCGCAGGUCAGAAAUACAAUGUCUUUGCAAGAGGUGGAUCCUGUUUCGCUCCACAUUGAACAUCUUUCGGUUUCUGUGGACGAAUCGCCCAGUUUGAUCACCAAACUGUUUGCGAAGAAUGGCUCAGCGGGUGACGCAAGUGGUAGCCAUACGAAGAAGAUCCUGGACGAUAUUUCCGCCGAUAUGCCGAGUGGAUCUUUAACAGCCAUUAUUGGAGGAAGUGGAAGUGGGAAAACAUCCCUACUCAACCAGAUGAGUGGGCGAAUGAAGGGCAACAGACUAUCGACAACCGGUAGAACGCUUUUCAACGGCAGCGAGGAUGCCUCGGGUAUCCGAAGCGCGUAUUGUAUACAGCAAGACUUGCUAUUACCAACUCUGACAGUCCGAGAAACUUUGACAUACGCUGCGCAGCUUCGGUUGCCGCCAUCCACAGGUCGAGAUGAGAGGACUCGUUUGGUUGAAGAGGUCAUCAUGGAAUUGGGUUUGAAAGAGGCCGCAGAUACUCGAAUUGGGAAUCACGAGCAUCGUGGUUGCAGUGGAGGAGAGAAACGACGAACAAGUAUCGGAGUGCAAUUACUUUCCAACCCCAGUCUGCUCUGGCUUGAUGAGCCGACCACCGGAUUAGAUUCGACAAGCGCCUAUCAAAUCGUAAAAACUCUCCGGAACCUAGCACAAAAAGGCAGAACCAUCAUCGUCACAAUACAUCAACCCCGUUCUGAAAUUUGGAGCUUAUUCGACAACCUCAUCCUCUUGACCAAAGGGCGCCCCGCGUAUGCCGGCAGUGCAAAAGAAUGCCUGUCCUACUUUGCGAAACUAGGGCACGAGAUGCCCGCAUUCACAAACCCUGCCGAGUACUUGAUUGACGUGGUUAGCGUCGACAACAGGAGCGUAGAGGCCGAGGCCGAGGCCAAAGUUCGCGUUGAUCGUAUCGUAGAAGCAUGGCGAGAUCAUUCUUCCAGCACUACCUCGGAAAAGAAAGAACAGGAAACGACUGCGAUUGCCAAGUCCACAUCGAAAACCUUCAAGAUGCGACAUACUUCGCUCUUCCAGCAAGUCAAUGUCUUAACCAGGCGAACUUUCAAAGUCACAACAAGAGAUCCAAUGGGCAUGUUUGGAAGUUUGGUAGAAGCUAUCGGAAUGGCUGUCAUCACAGGUUGGAUUUUCCUGCACGUAGAUGGAUCUCUUUCUGGAAUUCGUUCUCGACAGGGUGCACUGUACACAGCAGCUGCGCUUCAGGGGUAUCUAAUCCUCCUCUACGAAACAUACCGUCUCACCAUCGAUAUCCAACUCUUCGACGAAGAAGCUCGGCAAGGAGUCGUCAGUAUUCCUGCAUUUCUCAUGUCGAGGCGAUUCGCGCGACUUUUCAUUGAAGAUAUACCUGUCCCACUGAUCUUCUCUCUUAUCGUUUACUUCAUGGCCGGAUUUAGAAAAGACGGGGCCGUAUUCCUCACCUUUUUUAGCGUGAUUCUCCUAGAGCAGUACAUCGCUGUGUGCUUCGCGACAAUGUGUGUGGCCGUCUCCCGGCAUUUUGCAGGUGCAAGCUUGGUUGCGAACCUCGCGUAUACCCUUCAGUCUAUGGCAUGUGGUUACUUCAUUCAAGCCAACACAAUCCCAAUCUAUGUACGCUGGACCAAGUGGACAGCAUAUGUAUUUUAUGCAUUUGGGGCACUUGUCUCCAAUGAAUUCACUGGGAGCUUCUACGAUUGCCCUUUGGAAGGAGGACCCUCGAAUCCUGCCUGCAAAGAGUACACCGGCGAGUUCAUCAUCGACUCACUCGGAUUCCCCAAAGACUGGAUCUGGCGCCCGAUUCUAGCUCUCUUUGGUUUUGUGGUCGCUUUCUAUCUCGGUGCUGCGUUACUACUGAAAUUCUGGAGUGCAGAGAUCGCCAUGGCAAGGGCAAGGCCUUCUAAUAUAGACGCUUCCGCUGGUAAAGAAAAUAUGGCCGUUCGGUCUCAGGACGAAGUCCGCACCAUCACCAUCCGGCUGGAGGGGUACGGACUCGAUAUCGAGAAACGCUCCUUGAAGACCAAAACCACGAAACAGAUCUUGAAACCGCUCACCUCUGAAUUUCAACCAGGAACAUUGAACGUCAUAAUGGGUCCCUCUGGAUCAGGCAAGACGUCCUUGUUAAAUAGCAUGGCUGGUCGACUUCGCGAUGACCUGACGACGCACUACAAGAGGUUUGGCAAUAUGACUUUCAACGGUCUAGAACCAUCGGAGGACGUCAUUCACGCUAUAUGCUCAUUCGUCACACAGGAUGAUGAUGCCCUUCUGGCCUCUCUAACAGUUCGUGAGACCCUCCGUUACGCAGCUGGGCUAAGACUACCCAAAUACAUGACACGAGCCCAAAAGUACCAGAAAGCCGAAGAAAUCCUCUUGAAAAUGGGAUUGAAAGAUUGUGCGGACAACCUUAUUGGUAACGACCUCAUCAAAGGCAUCAGUGGCGGUGAGAAACGAAGAGUCACUAUCGCCGUGCAAAUCCUGACUGAGCCUCGAAUUCUUCUUCUGGACGAGCCCCUGUCCGGUCUGGAUGCAUUUACAGCACUAUCCAUCAUGGACGUCCUCCGCGGUCUGGCAAAUGAAGGUCGUACGCUGAUUGUUACUAUACACCAGCCUCGUUCUGAUCUCUUCGUUCACUUCGGAAACAUGCUUUUGCUAGCCCGUGGUGGGCAUCCCGUCUACGCAGGCCCUGCUAGUAACAUGCUUCCGCACUUCGAAAGUCAGGGGCAUCACUGCCCGCGGCACGUCAACCCAGCAGACUUCGCCCUCGAUCUCGUCACGGUUGAUCUCCAGCACGAGACCAAGGAAGCAGCGAGUCGCGCUAAAGUUCGACGUCUGAUCGACUCGUGGACCCCUGAUAUGUUCCCUGCCGCACGCACUGGCUCCAUAGCCACGCCUGCUGAACUGGGUAGUUUGGCCCGCGAGCCUGCGUCGUUUGCGUCCGCCUUUUCCAUCCUCAUUCGAAGGGCAACGAAGAACUUCUUCCGACAGCCAGACCUAUUGACCGCGAGAAUCAUGCAAGUCGUAGGAUUGGGUAUCGUCCUCGCGCUAUUCUUCGCACCUCUGAAGAGCGACUACUUCGCUGUUCAAAACAGGCUGGGCUUCCUCGUAGAAAUUGCACCACUUUACUUCGUCGGCAUGCUUCAGAACGUCGCCGUCUACCCCAUCGAGCGCGACGUCUUCUACCGCGACUACGACGACCGUAUCUACGGCGUAGAAUCCUUCUUCCUAACUUACACCAUCCUCGAAACGCCCUUCGAGAUUGUGAGCUGCAUCAUCUUCGCUAUCCUGACGUGUCUAGCCUGUGGCCUCGAACGCGAUGCACCGACCUUCUUCAUCAUCACAUUCAACGCGUUCUGCAUCGUCAGUUGCGGCGAGUCGCUUGGGAUAGCGUUUAAUACACUAUUCACGCACACGGGGUUCUCCGUGAACUGCAUGAGUGUGUUUUUGUCGGUUGCGCAGAUCAUGGGCGUCAUCUCCCUCAACGUUCCUUCUUUCCUCCAAGCCUUCAACCAUCUCUCCCCUAUCAAAUACGCCGUAGGCAACAUGGCGCCCUACACGCUCCGCGGGAUCCGUUUCACAUGUGAGGAGUACCAGAAGAUUCAAGGGCGUUGCCCCAUCUCGACGGGCGAAGAAGCACUUGAUUUGUAUCGUCUAAACAAAGACCCCGAGAUGAACAUUAUGGCGCUGGGGAUCUGCGUUGUGGUGUACAGGGUAGUAGCAUAUGCCAUUCUGAAGGUCGUGAAGGAGAGGUGGGUGGGCAGGGCUUGGGCAAAGGUUAGUGGGGGGAAGAAGUAGGAAGGUUUAGUUCGGUUGAGAGGGAGAGGUAGAGAGAUUGUGUGUAGGGACUUUGCUAUAUUGAAAUGGGUAUACCCAGAUUGAGUAGAUGAUGAAUAAUAUCGUGUUCAAUUUCAUCUUCCACUUAUGAGACUUGGUGCUCAUUAUCGUGCCCUCUCGGUCAUGUCAAAAGAUGUAUGAAUGAGACAUCGAAUUAAGUUCUCGAAUAACAGACAAGAAGAAUUGUGUAAAAACACCCUGAUAUCAACCCAACCCACAUCAACGCCCCCCUAAACAAAAAGGUCAUCACUCCGUUGUCGACAAUCACACACAGCUAUAACCAUCUUCUGACCCUACUUUCCCCCAAUUUCUCAACUCUGCUUCCUUACCCUCACACAAUUCUUUUUCCUUUCCCAACCGCCUGCCUCUUUCCCUACAUUCCAUCAACCACCCCACCCUCCACAAAGAUACGCCCUCAGCCUUUCAUCAUAAGCUCUCCUCAAACAAGCCUCCGACUCUUUAAUCCUCAACGCCCUCAAAGUCUCCGCCCUCGGACUCGCUCUCCUCCUAAGCCGGCACCUAGGAACUGCAAACUGGGGCGUAGCGACUCGAAUGGGAUCCCCACCUUCCCCCUUACUCCU